AUGGUGCUUCCAAAACUUGUUGAUAAUAUCGGGCAAUCGAAUUUCAGGUACGAUAUUAUCCAGAAAAAGCUCUUCAUAUUGAUUCCAAAAAAUUGCUUCACCUACAAUGAAAUUAAGAAGGCAGACGUAAGAAUUAAGAGUGCUGGAAAUCUCGAGCCGUAUGAGACACACCGAGGUGGGAUACCAAAGCGACGCUACCAGCACACCGCGCACCAGAUAGAGAUGCCACGCACUGAUGGAGAGGUUGAUAAAUAUUACGUGGUUCUGGAGUAUGCCACCCCCCUGAUGUCCCUGUACGAUAUGUCUCAGCAUAGCGAGUGUGGAUUGAGUCGCCAAGAGCGAGAUGAACAGGUAACUUGAUCCGAACAGGUUAACAUUUUUAGUUAAUCGAAUAUUAUUUCGUAUAGCCUUUCCUUUUGUAGCAAAAUGUAACACUCUCCACUGUCCCCAAAUUUGGGCCAUUCUGGCCAUUUAAUAUCAACACCCCCGCUCCCACUGAUGAGGUGUUUUUGGCCAGAUCCCCUCAGAAAUUAACAUUUUAGACAAUAAUCAUGGACCUUCAGAAAAACCCUUCUCCUUGUAUUGACUCCCUCCGAAAAUCUCUCAGGUGACUCCUGAAAACCUGAUCUUACGAAAAUAAAUGAUAAGGCUCAGUGCCAAACACUGUAGGUUUUAGCACCACCAACCUCCUUGUGUAUGGAGGGUGCUGUUUCAAUGCUCUUGGAUGAUUUCCAUACAUAAGUGAUUUCCUGGAAGACUCAACAUGUAGGGUGUAAAUUGAGUUGCCAAGUCGGAAAGAUGAACGGGAAAUUUUGUAGCCAACAUUGAUAAAAAUGCUGAAAUUCAUUUUGGGGAGAUUAAGUUUACCAUAACUGUCCUAUUAAAGGGAUUCUGAAUAAUUAUUUUAAUUCACAUCUUCUACAUCAUUUCAUAGUACAUUCUGUUUGCUUCCUUCCUCACCCCUUUGAAUGAGCAUUGUGUUCGAGUCCCUAAAAAAAAUUUUAACAAUGCUUAGGCAAAGUUUGGAGGGGAAGCAACUGGGAUGUAUUGUUGGCGUGCUAAAAAGGAAUACCGUAAAAUUCCGAAAAUAAGCCCCGGGGCUUAUAUUCAAAGGCCCCUUUUGAGGGGCUUAUUUUUGGAGGGGCGAUUUAACAACCUCGUCCCCGGGGCGCUUUUCCCUGGCUUUGGCGAGGUUGGCGAUUUAACAGAGGGUUUUUUGCGUUACGAGUUUGGGGGGCUUAUAUUUGGAGGGGCUUAUACAUGGAGGGACUUAUUUUCAGAAUUUUACGAUAUUGUUUGGUUUUUAUGGUAGCAAAAAUUUAAAAUGCUUUUGGACCUUUUGUUUCAACAGGUAGUCCUGUUUUAUCGCAAAUUGAGGGAAAUCUUAGGAGGUUGUAAAGAAUGUAAAGGGAGGUAUGAAUUAGUGCUCAUCUCCGGGGAAGUCGAGGAUGAAAUUGCAGAUGUGUUGGUACCAAUGCUUCCGUCCAGAUGUGGAUCAGGGAUAAAAGCUGAGUGGAAUCUUCUUGAGUGGUAACAAGAACAGUGCCCUAGAGGGAAGGAUGUUGAUACUUUCCCGUGUUUUAGAUAGCAAGCAUGGAAAUGCAAAGUACUUUCCUCAGGGAACAGUUUACAGAUAGGUAGUUUUAGGCUUAACAUUCCCCUAAAGAGACCCUUUUUUGUGGGAUGGGGGAAGGGAGGUUACUUAUGUCCCUAGUUUCACAUAUGGAGGAAGAGGCUAUUGUUGCCGGCUUGUCUUUGUCACUUUUGCAGUUUCAAUCAGUCUUUGUGUUAUAGUCAACAUGAGGCAACAUUGUAUAACCUUUGAGAAGGCAUUUCAUUUUUGACAAGAAAGGGACAUUUGAAGUUAGUAGGAAAACAAAGAUUUGUGGAAUUUCACCUCAGUACGGCCGUAUGACAAUGGCGACAUAAGCUGACAUAUUUUGGGGCGGGCGUCUAUGCCCCUAUAAUAAUUAUUUUUACCUUCAGAAUUAAAGAUCUCAGUUGCAACGUUUUUUAGCUACCAGGCAGUAACUACCAUGAAAUUGAAAUAACCUCUGAAGGGUCUCUUUAUCUCGUACCUUAAACAUAAAACUAUCGUUUCCCUUUAUGGAAAAGUAUAAGAUUUGAUCAUUUUGAUUUAAUUAAGAUCUGAGAUCUGAGCAAAGUUACCGUAAAAUUCCGAAAAUAAGCCCCUCCAAAUAUAAGCCCCCAAACCGGUAACGCAAAAACCUCUCCGUUAAAUCGCCCCUUCUAAUAUAAGCCCCCCGAGGGCUAGUCUGCUACACAGCAGUUUUUAGUGUCGUCACGCAACGCUCCUCCCCGCGUUGCGUGACGACACUAAAAACGGCUGUGUAGCAGACUACCCGAGGGCUUGUACUUGCAAAAUUGCCCUCAAAUACAAAGUAAAACAAAGCUAAAACGGUACAUUUACUUCCAACUAUAAGGCUACCCCAAUCGAUUUCGAAACGCAAAUUCCCCUCCAAAAAUAAGCCCCUCAAAAGUUGGCCUCAACCGCAGGCAUUUUUAGGGGAGAUCGUAUUCCUUCCCUCCCCUAAAAACGCCUGCGGGGGAGGCUACUCAAAAGGGGCCUUUGAAAAAUACAAGCCCCGGGGCUUAUUUUCGGAAUUUUACGGUAUUUUACCACGUGUACUGCGCAUAUCAUCAAUGAAGUAGAAACCAACGUGUAACUGCGUGAAAUGAUGAGUGCAUAAAUUGAACCCCGCCCCCUCUGAAAAAAACUGGGAUCCGCAAAGUUUUCCAAGCCAACUUCAGGCAGACGAUAGACUGCGUGACAGGCAUUUCAAAGCUAAGGUAAAGGGGGUUUCCCUUUCAAACCCCUGCCACUUAAUUUUUUUUAUUUGUUUUGGUUUGUUUUCUGUCAGGAUCCUGAGCUUAUUAUCUCUCUUAAUCUUUGAGAGCAAUUGCUUUGCCUUUUCACUGUUUUUCAGCUUUCUAUCUCUUAUUUACCUUCUUUCACUUUCUUGCUUUGCCUUUCUAUUUGUUUGUUUCUAUUUUUGACAUCUUUUCAUCACGUGUUUUCAGGCGUGUAAGGUAGCUACGCUCAUGAGUUCAAAAUUGAAGGUACGGAAACAAAUUGAUUUUUAUGGUGAAGAGGAGAAAAUAACGCUGAACAAAACAGCCCCAUAUUUUUCAUUUGAAACCGUCAAAGAAACCUUCGCAGGUCUUCGUUGGUGGUCUAAGCCACCCACCAUGGAAAAAAAAUCCAAACAUUCGAAUAUUUCUCAUUGCUUUGUCUUGGUUAUCUUGGUUAUCUUUUUUUCCUGUCGACUUUUAAUACACUUGUACUUCAGGGCCGAGUUGUUCAAAGCUGGGUUCAGAUAACCCAGGGUUAGUGCUAGAUUUGAAUUCAGAUUUGGAGGCUUAAAAAGUAGUCAAGUUUUAAUUAUUUUUGUCGACAAGUUGAUGAUUAGACGCUCUAAAAAUAACACAGAAAAUUAUCUGAGAAAAUGCUUUUGAACACAGGAAAGAGAAACCGGGGUUAAAUUUAACCCUGGUUAAGCGCUGAUCUGCCUUCGAACAACUUGGCCCUGGUAGCAUUUCCGCGUUGCUUGUGGCCAAUCACAAGCCACGAACUGAAAAUGGGAAAUGCUCCCGAUCUUCACCCCCCCCCCCCCCCCCCCCCCCCCNCCAUUUCAGCAGCACCUCUCUCAAUUUUCAAAGUUAUAAAGCAAGAGUUUUCAGUUUCCCACAAGAUGGAUCCCCAGCAGCAAAAUAAUGGAUUUGGACCAAUUUCGAAGCCUCGUGGAAGGACUUCCGUCAUAACUGCCUCGCUUAUGAUCGUUCUGGCCAGUGCUGUUCACUUCACAAUCGCUUAUUCUUCAGAAAAUAAAGAGGGCAGAGUCGGAUUUCAUUUUCUGCUCUUUAGUUUUGCCCUUCUCAUUCUGAGUUUUGUCCUCGGCGAGCUUGUGCGAAGACUGUGUUUGGUGAGUGAAGAAAUUCGCCACAAGGAGACUCGAUAUAAAGGAAGUUGGAAAAAGGUUUUUACUUCCACUUUCACUUUCAGACCGUAUGCCCGAACUGUUCUGGUAGUUGUUAUUGCUUCCCUUCUUUUUGUGUUUUAUUUCUUGUACGAACAUUGUAACACAUGUUGCCGUUCAGAAUACGCGAUCCUUUUCUCACUUAACUGCUUUCUUUCACCACUUUUAUUGUUUCUUAUUGGCUUACGAGAAAUUUCUAGCGUGGAAUUAUCAGAGAUCAACGAAACUAAUAACAGAAAUGUGGCUGAUGGUCUAGCUUGGGGCUACUAUUUUGGCUACUUGAAGAUGGUUCUUCCAAUUCUUGCUCAGAGGAUCGGACAGACGGAAUACAAGUAUCUGAUUCCGAUCCACAAGCUGUUUAUUUUGAUUCCAAAAACAUGUUACAUAAACGAUAAAAUUGAGAACGCAGACCAUAGAAUGAAAUUUGUUGAUAAUCUCACCUUAACUGUGAGCAGUCGAGGUGGAGUGUCGAAACUUAAGUACAAAACCAGUGUGCACCGAAUAGAGAUACUACGCCCAGAUGGAACGAUUGAUCCGGAACCGCCUUACGUUGCAGUGGAGUAUGCUGUUCCUCUGAGGUCCUUGUAUGCUAUGUCUGAGGAAGGGGUAGUGAGUGGCCAAGAGCGAGAUGAGCAGGUAAUUCUAAAGUUGACGUGUGAAAAAAAGUUUCCCGGGCAAAAUAUUCAUUUUGGUGUCUAAAUCUAUGUAUAUCAUUAUACCUUAAACUCACUGUCUUCUUACUGGCUUAGAGUCAACAGUAAUAAUUUUGGAAAUAAGCGUAACCUACCCUUAGUUAUCUGCUAGCGCAGUUCUUGAUUUUCCCCUUAUGAAAUUAUUUUAGCGGGAGAAAAAAUUAUUAUUGCCACUUAUUUUUACUGGCUAAAUUCAAAUUUGUUUUGGCUCAUGUGAAGUUUGGUGUUUGAACCUGGCUUAUUAAUAUAGCAGCUGACAACAUUACAAAAGCUGUUUCAGUUUUGGCCUUGUGUCUGUGUUGUCAAUAUCUAUGUUCCUUACUGCAAGUAAAUAAACUUGUUGUGUGUGGCCAAAUUAUGGUAGUAAAAGAAAAACCCUGUUGUCACAUGACAACAAAAUCAAUUAUGAAAGGAACACACAAAUAUAGAGUCUCCAACAAGCAGAAGAGAGAAAGGGUUUUUUACAUUUAUUUGAAUGGAUUCAAAUUUUGCUACUUAACUCUAUCAUAUUUCUGAAAAUGCUUUUUGUUGAUAGGUGGUACUGUUUAUCCGUAAAUUGAGAGAAAUCUUGGAUGAUUCUGAAGAAUGUAGAGGGAAGUAUGAAUUAGUGCCAAUUUCAGGAGAAGAAAACCAGAUUUCUGAUGUCUUACUACGUAUACUUCAUGAUGAACGCCUACAGAUGGAUGAAAGAGCUGGAGCAGAGUAA